AUGAUCAAUGCCAAGCGGCAACAGCAACAGGAUGAUCCUGAUAUGCUUGAGCAGGAAGAGGAGCUCUAUCAUAAACUCGCAGAUGGUGCGAACGCUAGAACCACAAACACACAUACCGAACCUGUUAGAGUUCCAUCUGCUGCUCAACAGGAGCUGGGCACCGUGAGAUGGAAGCUAUCACUCGACAAUCAAGGAGUUCCAUCCUUUACAGGACCUUCCAGUGCCCUCUCUUCCCUCAUCGACGUCCCCAAGCCAGCGCCCUACCAACCUUGGCCUUUGUCUCAAAUUAACUAUGAAGACGUCUCCUGCUAUUUGGAAGAUAGAAAAUUAGUUGAUGAUCUUCUCGGCUGUUUCUGGAACUACGUCAACCCAUGGUAUCAGUUCGUCAAUUACCAAGCAUACCGAUCUUGGGCCGUAGAUGGCUCGAAAGUCAAACAGCUACACCAGAAAGCACUUGACUGUGCCAUUCUUGCAGCCGGCGCUUGCUAUUCGGAUCACCCUUCCGCCUCCAAAGCAGGCAAGACUCUAGCACUUUAUGCCGAGAGUCUCAUUCUCCCCUGCUAUCACACCAUGCCCUCCUUAACUCUCCUUCAGGUUCUAAGCGUAAUGAGCUGGCGAGAAUUGAUGCUGGGUACUACUAAUCUUGCUUGGAUGCAUCUAUGCAUGGCCAUUUUGGGCAGAAGCACAUUACACAUCAAUCAAAUUCAAGUUCCGCCUUUCGAGACAUCGUUCGAAGCCAACCAGAUGACGGACGAACAGAUUUUCUUCGGGAAGAUAUGUCAUUUAUGGCACCUUCAUGACUGCCACAUGGACCGAUUGGAGACUUUCAACGCGUUCCGUGACGAGAACUUUGAACAGCUCGCCUUCACCACGACCGAGCCGACAUUAGUCUCUGUGCUGAUACUGCAGAUGUCUUACCAGGUAGCUAUCAUCUCCAUAAAUCGACCGUUUCUCCAUGACCCAAGGAAGAACAUUGCGCAAGUUGCGGCGCAGGCAAUGAUAACAUCGUCCACGGCUAUCUCACAUAUAGUCAAGAGAUACCGCAAAAUCGAGAGCCUAGCCAAUGCACCACCUUUCGUCAUGUACCACUUGGUGCGAGCCGCUGUUACGCACCUUUUCGCCGCGGCAUCCAAAGAAGCAUCUGUCCGCAAGCGGGUAUCCGGGGCCUUGCAAUUGUGUACCGAUGCCCUAGAAGAAAUACGUUCCAUAUGGUCAUUGAGAGGCGAGCAAACCAUUCAUCUCAUUCGUGAACUUGCUGCUCAAUGGAAAGUCACCUGGACAUUGCCAUUGAAACUCAGCCAGCCUUUAACCCAGAAAACAGCACCAGGUGACGGUGACAAUAAUAUAGUUUUGUCCGGCACAAACUCAGCAUUCGGUACACGUAACGCAGCUAUUGAAAACAAUUACUGGAAUAUCGAGACAUAUUUGUCGCUAAGUGAUACUGAAUUCCAUACCUUCAGAGCAUUCACGCAGGAUAAUCCAGAAGGUCAUCAUGAUUUGCCGGGUGAGAGCUACUGA